AUGGGAAGAGGUGAGGAGAGGAGGAACCCUUUGUCCUCCUCUUCUCUUUGGACCAUCUUCAUGCAUGCAGAUGCCGUGGACAAGUGGCUGAUGGCUCUAGGGUUCUCGGGCGCCAUCAUGAGCGGCAUCGCCACACCCAUGGUUCUCUUCAUCACCAGCAACAUGGUGAACAACCUCGGCACCGGCCCCUCCCUUUCUCCUCGAUUCAUGGACCAAGUGAAAAAGUUGCGCCCCUUCCGUACCCAGAAUUCGCUCUUCUUGGUGUACCUGUCACUUGGAGUCUUCGUGAUGUCCUUCUUAGAAGGAUUUUGUUGGACGAGGACGGGUGACAGACAAGCAAUGCGGAUGCGGACGCGAUACUUGAAGGCGAUACUCAGGCAAGACGUAGAGUACUUCGAUCUCAACGCUACAUCCAUGUCCGAGGUCAUCACCAGCGUCUCCAGCGACAGCCUCAUCAUCCAAGACGUCAUCAGCGAGAAGGUGCCCAACUUCAUAAACAAUGCAGCGCUGUUCGCUAGUAGCUACUUGGUAGGAUUCCUUAUGAUGUGGAGGCUGGCGCUGGUCGCCUUCCCCACCUUCUUGCUUCUCGUCAUACCUGGUAUCAUGUAUGGGAGAAUGUUCAUGGACCUGGCGAGGAAGAUCCGAGAUGAGUACGAGAAGGCUGGCGCCAUCGCCGAGCCAGCCGUCUCCUCCAUCAGGACGGUCUACUCCUUUGUGGCCGAGAGGCGGACCAUGUGUAUGUUCUCGAACGCUCUCGAGGAUUCGGUCAAGCUCGGCCUACGGCAGGGCUUGACCAAGGGCAUCGCCGUUGGGAGCAACAGCGUGACCUUCGCCAUCUGGGCCUUCAUGGCCUGGUACGGCAGCCGGAUCGUCAUGUACCAUGACGGCAAGGGCGGCACCGUCUUCGCCGUUGGAACUGCGAUCGUCAAUGGAGGCCUUUCCGGGGAUGUGGAGUUCAGAUCGGUCGAAUUCGCGUAUCCUUCGAGGCCGGAAAACAUCAUCCUGAGAGGCUUUGAUCUGAAGGUUCCGGCCGGGAAAACUGUGGCUCUGGUGGGCGGCAGUGGAUCAGGGAAGUCGACCGUCAUUGCGUUAAUGGAGAGGUUCUACGAUCCACUAGGAGGUGAGAUUUUGCUGGACGGAGUGGAUAUCAGGAGCAUCAAACUCAAGUGGCUGAGGUCACAGAUAGGAUUGGUCAGCCAAAAGCCAGCUCUCUUUGCAACCUCCAUAAAGGAGAACUUGCUCUUUGGCAAGGAAGAAGCAACCGUGGAGGAGGUGGUGGCAGCUGCAACGGCCUCGAAUGCUCACAACUUCAUCUCUCAGCUGCCUCAGGGUUAUGACACACAGGUAGGAGAAAGUGGGGUUCAGAUGUCAGGAGGUCAGAAGCAGCGGAUAGCGAUCGCAAGGGCUGUGCUGAAGUCGCCCAGGAUUCUUCUGCUUGAUGAAGCCACAAGCGCGUUGGACUCGGAGUCGGAGCGAGUCGUCCAAGAAGCACUCGACCUGGCGUCCCUCGGUCGGACCACCAUCGUCGUCGCGCACCGCCUGUCCACUAUCAGGAACGCCGACGUGAUCGCCGUCGUGCAAGCCGGCCGAGUCGCGGAGCUAGGCUCCCACGACGACCUCAUCCGUGAUGAAGAUGGACUCUACUCAUCCCUCGUUCGCUUCCAACAGACGGCGGGAGCAGCGGGAAGCGAUGCGCCUAGCUCAUCAUCGGCAGCGUUGGUGGCCUUCCCUCGACCCGGUAGCAGCGAGAGCCGCAGGUUAUCGUUGUGCAGCAGAUCAAGCUCCACUAGUUCUUCGCGCCACCAGGAGUCGCAAGAGGAGUCCGAGGCGGCUGCUCCUCCCCCGGUUCCAUCUCUGCGGAGGCUGUUGCUGUUGAACUUACAGGAAUGGCGGCAGGCGGUGCUGGGAAGCUUGGGCGCGAUGGCUUUCGGGGCGGUGCAGCCACUGUACGCCUUCGCGAUGGGAAGCAUGCUGUCGGUGUACUUUAUGAAUGAUCACAAACAGAUCAGGUCAAACACGAGGACGUACUGCCUCAUCUUCGUCGCCAUGUCGGUCCUCUCCUUUUUGGUCAAUAUUCUGCAGCACUACAACUUCGCGGCCAUGGGGGAGUACCUGACAAGGCGGGUGAGGCAGAGGAUGCUCUCCAAGAUUCUCACGUUUGAAGUUGGGUGGUUCGAUCGGGACGAGAACUCUACUGGCGCCAUCUGCUCUCGACUCGCCAACGAUGCCAAUGUGGUUCGAAUGCUGGUGGGUGAUCGGAUGUCUUUGAUCAUUCAGGCAGUCUCUGCGGUGACCAUAGCAUGGACGUUGGGUCUGGUCAUCGCAUGGAAGCUGGCCCUCAUCUUGAUCGCCAUCCAACCACUGAUGAUAGUAUGCUACUACUCUCGAAUGGUUAUUCUCAAGAGCAUGUCCAAGAAGGCCAUCGAGUCGCAGUCGGAGAGCAGCAAGCUGUUCGCCGGGUCGAUCAGAGAGAACAUAGCGUACGGCAUGGAUGAGCCGACGGAGGGCGAGAUCGAAGACGCGGCGAGGACGGCCAACGCGCAUGACUUCAUCAGCGGCCUCAACGACGGCUACGACACGUUCUGCGGGGAGAGAGGGGUGCAGCUGUCGGGCGGGCAGAAGCAGCGGAUCGCGAUCGCAAGGGCGGUGCUGAAGAAUCCGGUCAUACUGCUGCUGGACGAGGCGACGAGCGCCCUGGACAGCCAGUCGGAGAAGGUGGUGCAGGCAGCGUUGGAGAGGGUGAUGGCGGGGAGGACGAGCGUGGUGGUGGCGCACAGGCUGAGCACCAUUCGCAACUGUGACCUCAUUGCGGUGAUGGAGAAGGGGGUGGUGGUGGAGAAGGGGACGCAUGCCUCGCUGCUGGCCAAGGGGCCCAAAGGAUCCUAUUGUAGCUUGGUUAGCCUGCAACAAGGGAACAAGGACGUAUGAACGCGGCUACGGACGAGCUAUUGACUUCGAUUGGGAUGACAAAAUUGAUAGCAACCGGAUCUUAAUAGAUGAUAGUAUUUGCUCUAUUAGUUAUUAGUCAACAAAUCCGUGAAUUAGUUGGCCUCGGUAGCAUUAAGUUCCAUAGACUUUUAAAAAUGGUCCCAUGGUUUCAAAAUUAUUAUCAAUCACUCUUU